CCUCCGGCGCUGCAGGAGACGCUGUCCGCAUCGACGUCACGGCGCUGAGGUUCAAUCAGUGACGUGGAUUUUUUUCAUUGAGGCAGUCAGUGCUGCCAAAAACACAGACUGACCGACGUCUCUCAGCUUUUCCCCACUUCUGUCUGCACGUUCAGAAGUCUGAUAACUUAUUUCCCUCCCUCCAAGCCUGUCGUUUGGCACACAGGUGCGUCACGGCGCUCACACCAGACUCCAGGAUGAGUAAAAACAGCAAAGUGUUGAACCUGAAGGAUAAAAUCAGCGGUAAUGAAGUGGACCUGAGCCUGUGUAACCUCACCGAGGUGCCAGUCAGAGAGCUGGCUCUAUUCACCAAAGCGACCGUUGUGGAUUUGUCCUGCAACAACAUUACCUCCCUUCCUCCAGAGUUCUGCAACCUGACCCACCUGGUGAAGGUGGAUCUGAGUAAAAACCAGCUGACGUGUCUGCCUGAUGACCUGGGGAACCUGACGAGCCUUCAGCAUCUGGACCUGUACAACAACAAGCUGACUUCCUUGCCCGUCAGCUUCUCUCAGCUCAGGAGUCUCAAGUGGUUGGAUUUGAAGGAUAAUCCGCUAGAGCCCGGCCUGGCCAAGGCGGCAGGAGACUGUCUGGAUGAGAAGCAGUGCAAACAGUGUGCCACCAAGGUUCUGCAGCACAUGAGAGCGAUUCAGGACGAUGUCGAUCGAGCACGAGAGAAACGCCUUCUGAAGGAAAAAGAGCAAGAAAAGAAGAAGGAGGCGAAGCAGAGGGAGCGAGAGGCCCGAGAGAAGGAGGCUCGUAAGCGGGAGAAGGCGGAGGAGAAGGAGAAGAGGAGGAAAGAGUACAACGCUCAGGUGGCGGCCGUGGCUGCACGAGAACAGCAGAAGAAGAAGAGCGAGGAGAAGAAGAAGAAGAACGGACAGGCAGCAGGUGAGACUAAAGCAGAUAAAAAGGUCGUUGUGGAAUCGGCGCCCAAACCUCGACAUUCUCUCCUCGGCCUGAUGUUCAAACUCCUCCUGCUGCUGCUACUGGGAUUGGCCGGAGUCGCCGCCGCCUGCAGAUUUACCGACCUGCGUAAGGAAGCCCUGUGCAUGCCGGUCAACGUCGCCGUGGACGACGGCCUAUCCUGGGCCAAAGAGCAGGAGGGCGUGGUCAGACAGCUGGUGCAAAACCUGUCGUCUGCGGCGAAGGAGUUUCUUGAAUCCACACAAGCAUCCAAGAACUAAACUAUCAUCUGCGUCCAUCGGCUUCCAGAGCUGCAGGUUUUCCACUCCUACCUGCAAAUCCUGGGAUUUUUUUUUUUUCUUUUAAUAUGCUGAAAAUCAUGAAUUUCAUUAAGAUGGGCGACCCUGCAUCCCCUCACCCUGUUUGAGGUGCUGGGAGGUGAAGAGUCUGUACAGAUAGACGAAGGGGGGAUGGACAGAUGUGUUAAAAUCAUCUUAAAUUCCUAUGGAAUUGUUGUCACUCUUGUACCCUCUUUGUACUACAGCCUGUUUUUAAAAAAAAAAGAAAAUGCAUCGUCUUAAAUGUCUCCCCCGUCUGCCGCGUCUUGCACCGAGACCAGAACCCGGAGCCCGGUUUGUGCCUCUGCUGCAUCACGCGGACCGUGGGCCGCAUUUGAGUGCGAUGUUCAGUGAAAACAUCAGGUGGCCCUGUCUGUGCUGCGCUGGAGUGUCGACUCACGUGUUAACUGCCAAGUCAGAGUUGUGCAUCAGCCAGUGUUUAGAUGCCACAGUCCGAGCAUGUGCAGUGAAGGCUGUGUGCGAAUGUGAAGCUCGCUCGUUCCGUGGCCUCUUCUGUCUUACCUCAGUCGAACCAGCUAAAUCUCACAGCACGCAAACUAGAGCCCGACUGAUAACGUGAGCGGAUAAACAACGCUUUCAGGCUAAUGACUAACAAGAAGCUGCAGAAAUCAGAGAGCGAAACAGUCUGUGCAUGACUUGCAUAUAUAACUGCUGAGUAAUCUUUAGAUUGACUAAUCGUUUCAGCUCUGAUUUAUAUUAAAAGACUUGCAUUGGCCUGAUUAAUCGUCUUGAAUGCAGAUAUCUGUAUCGGCCUGAACAUCCAGUAUCAGUCUGGCUCUAACACACUCCCAUCCCAGUGCAAAAAAAACUAUUAAAAAGGACCACGCCGAUAAUUUUGUACGUCUCAGCCCUUUUGCUAAAAACUCAGAUGUUGCUGUUUUGACCUUUGGUUAUACUUUACAUACACUGAUUGGUUUCUAUUCAUUUUCAUAGAGUCUAAAUAAGUAAUUUAAACAUGAUAAACUAAAAGUCUGUAAUACACAGACAUCAGAAUAAAUGGCUGCAUGGAAAGGUUUGGGAAAGUAGUCAAGGGGUUAUGAUUUUUCUUAAAGAGUGCUGUCGUUACCGUACUCCUUAAAUCAUCCGGUGAUUAACGACCAAGUGUUGAUCCAGCGAUCCAAAGCAUGAGAUGCCUUUUGUUUUAUUUUUUUUUUACUCUGUCAUCUAUGAUGUGAAGUACAGAAACAAAAGGCACCCUGCAGAUUAUUUUUUCCGUUUAACUGGUGAUUUAUGAAAUGCAACUUUCUUUCAUGCAACAAAAACACAAAAAAACAAAAACUGUCUUUGCUGCUGUGGUUCUUGUACAUCUGUGUCCAUGCUCAAACAUCGUCGGCAUCAAUAAAUGGCUAUGCACUGCAA